AGUGGAAAGGGCGGGCGAAGGUGCCGGGGCAGUAAAGACGUCCAAUUAUCUCGCGUCGUCCAGAAGAAAGCGGUGCCCCCCACCCUGGCCCCUUAGCUGAUGAAACUGAACUUCGGACCCUGAACUCACUCCGGGUCGCGGGCUGCGGCUGGUGCGAAGACAAAAAUGACAAUCCAGUGGGUGGCAGUUGCAACCUUUCUGUAUGCCGAAAUAGGACUCAUUUUACUCUUCUGUGUACCUUUCAUUCCUCCUCAGAGAUGGCAGAAGAUUUUGUCAUUUAAUGUCUGGGGUAAAAUUGCAACAUUUUGGAACAAGGCUUUCCUAACAAUUAUAGUCCUAUUGAUUGUUCUAUUUCUAGAUGCUGUCAGAGAAGUGAGGAAAUAUUCCUAUGCUCAUUCCCUUGAGAAGAUCUCAACCGCUAAAACUAGCGCCUAUGAACAUACCCAGAUGAAACUUUUCAGAUCUCAAAGAAAUCUUUACAUUUCAGGAUUUUCAUUAUUUUUUUGGCUGGUGUUGAGACGUCUGGUUACACUUAUUACUCAGCUGGCAAAAGAACUGGCAAACAGAGGAGUACUUAAAACUCAAGCAGAAAAUACUAAUAAGGCUGCCAAAAGAUUCAUGGAAGAGAAUGAAAAACUAAAACAGAUCUUGAAAACCCAAAGCCCAGAUGAGGAACGUGUUUUGGAAGCAGAAAAUAAAAAACUAGUAGAAGACCAGGAAAAACUGAAAACUGAAUUAAAGAAGACUUCAGAUGCCCUUUUUAAGGCCCAAAAUGAUGUGAUGACAAUGGAGAUGCAAUCAGAGAGACUUUCAAAAGAAUAUGAUCGACUCUUGAAAGAACACUCAGAACUUCAGAAUCGUUUAGAAAAAGGCACUAAGAAAAGCCUGUGAACUUUACGAAAGAAGAUUGUGAUACACCAUGUCAAGAAAAUAGAUUUGUCAUGAUGGCAGCCACAAGAAAAUUGAAAAUUCAGUUUAGAAAAAUGCACUGUGACUGGCCAACAGUUUCUAUUUUUAAUGCCACACAUAAGGUGUAUAGUAAUAAUACUGUCAAAAUAUUUGAUAGUGUUUCAGAUAUAUUAUAAAGUAGAUAUUCCAGCUCUUAUAAAAACUGUAAGCAUGUUAAAUGCCAUAUUUACAUAUUGAUAAUAAUAACAUUUGGUGUAUGAUGGCUAUUUACAAAUAAAAGAAAAAAUUCGCUAGACAGUUGCUUCCAAAAUUAGAUUUUUUAAAGUUGCAUGAAACCAUUAAUAGCCUUGAAAGUUUUGAUGCCUUUUCAUUAAUAUUAUAUGAUGAUGGCAAUGUGUUUGAAAGUAGGACUCAGUAUCAGCAAAUUUGUUUACAGGGAAAUUAAAUAAGGAUAAAUAAUAAGAAUUAGCCACUGUGUAUACAGGAAAGACUCAGAAAGAAAGAUGGAAACAGUGACCAUGUUUUUUUUUAAGACUGAUAGUACUGUGUUCUACUAUAAUAUGACAGCUGCAUUGAUAAUUAUGUUUUGUUGCUGUGCUUCUGCACCUGUCGGACUGCUGUUUCACUGGUGUUUGUGUUGCUAUAACACAUUUAGUAAGUGUGCUGCCUUUUCAUGGUCCUCUAGCAGUACAGUUUAUGUUUCUUUGCAUAGCUGUCAAAGCACUGAACUGAACUGAUUUUGCAAAGUGGAAUUUGACUUAAAGAGUUAAUAUAUAACAUAUCCAAAAAGCAGUGUUUUCUCUGGAUGUUGUACAAAUAUUACCUCAAAAUAUGCACACUGGUGUCACAUAGUUUGUCUGAGAUGUUUCUGCAUUCCAAAUAUAAAUACUAUUUUUCCAUUCAAUAUUCAUUUAGAGGUAAUGAUUAUAAUAUUAAUUUGAUUUGGUUGUUUUCAGUGUUUAAACAUGAAAAUCCGCUUCCCUUGUCUCAUAAAGACCUAAAUAUAAAAG